AUGAAUCCAGAAAAUACUGAAAUAAAAACAGUAGGAUUUUUCAAACUGUUUAGAUUCGCUACUAAGCUUGAUUACAUGCUUAUGGCUGUUGGUACUGUUGCAGCUGCAUUAAAUGGAAUUGCUCAACCUUUAUUAGCUUAAUUUAUAGGUAAUACAAGCAAUUAAUUCAGUUCUGACGAAGACUCCUCUCUUAUUAUUGAAAAUGCAAGAAAUCAGUGUAUUUAUAUGGUUAUAAUAGGAAUAGGUUCUUUUUUCUGUGGAUGGAUAUAAAUGGCAUGCUGGAUGAUAUCAGGUGAAAGAUAAGCGAUUGAAUGUAGAAAAUAAUAUUUUAAAGCAAUUAUCAGAUAAGACAUUGGUUGGUUUGAUAUGCAAAACCCAAACGAGCUGACAAGUUAAAUUUCAUAAGAUUGCUUCUUUUUAUAAGGAGCGAUUGGAGAAAAAGUACCCACAUUUUUGAUGGCAAUAUUUAUGGGGUUAGGUGGAUUUGGUGUUGCAUUUUAUGACGGUUGGUUAAUGUCAUUAGUAGUAACAGCUGCUGUCCCAGUUGUUGUACUUGGAGGUUUGAUUUUUACUAUUAUUUUACAAUAAACAUCAGUAAAGACAUCAGAAGCAUAUCUUUAGGCAAGCUCUUAUGCAGAGCAAAGCUUGAACUCAAUAAAAACUGUUAAGUCUUUAACAGGAGAAAAUUUUGAGAUUAAAAACUAUUCUUAAGGAUUAUUGGUUUCAUUUAAAAUAGCUGUAAAAUAUGCUGUUUGGGCUGGUUUUGGACUAGGUUUGAGCUACUUAACUCUUUACUUAGAUUAUGCACUAGUAUUCUGGUAUGGUUCAAAGUUAUUACAUGAUGAGACUAUUAAUACUAAUUUUGAUCGCAAGUAUAAUUAAGGAGAUGUCCAAAUUAUCUAUUUUUCAAUUUAAAUAGCUGGAUUUUCUCUAGGGUAAGCUGCUCCUUGCCUUAAAAAUUUCUCACUAGGAUAGCAAGCCGCUGCUAAAAUUUUCAAGCUUUUAGAUAGAGUUCCUGAGAUUAAAAAUUGUGAAAAUCCUAAAGUAAUAAAUACUUUGAAGGGACACAUUAAGUUUGUAGAUGUUGAAUUUGCUUAUCCAUCAAAGAAAGAUAUUAAAGUACACAAUAAACUUACUCUUGAAAUAUUACCAAAUUAAAAGACAGCUUUAGUUGGAGAGUCUGGAUGCGGAAAAUCUACAGUUAUGCAGCUAUUAGAGCGUUUUUAUGAUCCUGAUAGCGGGUUUGUUACUAUUGAUGGAUAUUAAACAAAGGAACUAGAUUUUGUUUGGCUUAGAAAAAAUAUUGGCUAUGUUGGAUAAGAACCUGUUUUAUAUGCCACAAGUAUUAGAGAAAACUUAAGAUUUGGUAAAGAGGAUGCUACAGAAGAGGAAGUGAUCAAUGCUCUUAAACAAGCUAAUGCAUGGGAAUUUAUAUAAUCACUUGAAGAUAAACUUGACACUUUUGUUGGAAACUUAGGAAGCUAAUUGUCAGGAGGAUAAAAAUAAAGAAUUUGUAUAGCAAGAGCUAUAUUAAAAAAUCCUUAAAUACUUUUACUUGAUGAAGCUACUAGUGCAUUAGAUAGAAAGAACGAAGCUAUGAUUCAAGCAACUCUCGAUGAAGUUUCGAAGGGAAGAACAACCAUCGUAAUUGCUCAUAGACUUUCUACUGUAAAAAAUGCUGAUAGAAUUUUAGUUAUUGAGAAAGGCUAGUUAAUCGAAGAAGGAAACUACUGCACUUUGAUAAAUGCAGGAGGAAAAUUUGAAGCAUUAGCAAAAAAUCAAAUCCAAAAGGAGACAGAAGAAGAAGCUAAGGAUUAAAGCUAAGCAAUUCAAAACUAAACAGAAAAUUUAGAACAAACCAAUAAGCAUCCUAAAGAAAUUUAUGAAAAUAAAGUAAAUUCUAGAAAUGAUGAAGAAAAUAAGACUCAAGAAAAAAACAAUAUUGAAAUGGUUGCUAUCUCAAAAAACUUAGAUUAAUAAGAUUAACAAGAAAAGCAAGAAUUAAAACAGAGUAACUCAGAUGAUGCUAAAAAUGAUGUCAAAAUUAAAUAUUCUAAAUUUUAGCUUGCUAAAAAACUUUUAGAAAUUAACAAGCCUGAAUAAAUUUAUAUUUAUUUAGGUCUUAUUUUUGCCUCUAUAAAUGGAGCAACUUGGCCCGUUUGUGGUUUAUUGCUUGGAGAAUACUAUGAUGUAUUGUUUGAUCCAACAAAGUCUGAUUUCAGAGAUAGAGCUGAUAUGCUUGCUAUUUAUUUUGUAAUUCUUGCUGUUAUUUGUUAGAUUGGAUAUCUCUUGUAAAAUGUGCUAUUCACAAGAGUUGGAGAGAGUUUAACUUUAAGAAUAAGAAAAGACGUUUAUACUAAAAUCUUGAAGAUGCCUUGUGCUUGGUUUGAUUAGCCAGAUAAUAAUCCAGGUAAUUUAAGUACUAAACUUUAAUAAGAUGGACAAUAUAUCAACUAAAUAACUUCUACAAUAUUACCUACUUAUAUCUCUAAUUUCUCUUGCUUUGCUGUAGGUAUUGCCCUAGGAUUUGCUUAUUCUUGGUAAAUUACUUUGAUUGGCGUUGCUGCUGCUCCACUUAUGAUUAUUUGCGCUUAAUUCUAGGCUCAAUUUAUUUAAGGAUACAGUGAAAGUUCUGACGGAGCCUAUAAAUAAGCAGGUUAAAUUGUUAUGGAAAGCGUAACAAAUAUCAGAACUGUAGCUUCUUUUUGCAACGAGAACAUGCUUCAUGAAUUCUUAUCUGAAAAGCUUAAAGCUCCCUUAUAACUUGUUAAGUCAAAAGGCUAAAUUUCAGGAGUUUUUAUGGGUCUAUCAUUUGCUAUUAUUUUCUGGAUAUACGGAAUAGUACUUUACUGUGGUUCUAUUUUCACAUAAGAUUAUGACGUUAGUGCAAGAGACAUGUUUGUGUCAGUAUUUUCAGUACUUUUUGCUGCUUUUGGUAUAGGAAACAACAACCAAUUUAUGCCUGAUUUUGCUAUGGCAGCAAACUCCGCUAACAACCUAUUUAACAUAUUAAAUCAAGAAGAUGAAACUCAAAUUUGCCAAAAUUAAGCUUAAAAAUUAAAUAUUUCACCAGUUGCAAUCUAAAACCAUCAAGCUCUUUCAGGAAACAUAGAAUUUAGAAAUGUUUCUUUCAAAUACCCUUCUCGAGAGCAAUAUGUAAUCAAGAAUUUAUCCUUAGAAAUAAAAGCUGGUCAUAAGGUAGCUUUCGUAGGUCCUAGUGGAUCAGGUAAAUCUUCUCUGAUAUAGCUUCUGCUUCGUUUCUACACUAAUUAUGAAGGAGAAAUAUUUAUUGAUGGCAAAAACCUAAAAGAAUACUAUGAUUUGAGCAACUACCGUCAAAACUUUGGAGUUGUUAGCUAAGAACCUAUCCUAUUUAAUGCUACAAUUGAAGAAAAUAUUUAAUAUAAUUCAGAAAAUGUGACUCAAGAACACAUUAAAUAAGCUGCCUCUCAAGCAAAUGCUUUGAAUUUUAUUCAAUAAAAUUAAUUUGAAGAAAGUGUUUAAGAUGAAAUUAAAGAAAAUAAAGAAUUUUAAGAUUCCAAAGACUAAAAAAAAGAAAAGUUAGGAAGUGGUUUCUAGAGAAAAGUUGGCCCUAAAGGAAGCCAAUUAUCAGGAGGAUAAAAGUAGAGAAUAGCUAUUGCUAGAGCUAUUAUUAAAAACCCAAACAUUUUACUUCUGGAUGAAGCUACUAGCGCCUUAGAUCCUCAGAAUGAAAUCGUUGUCUAAGAGGCUUUAGAUAAAUUAAUGAAAGGAAAAACAUCAAUAAGUAUUGCACACAGAUUGUCAACUAUCAAAGAUAGUGACAAAAUAUUUGUAAUAGAAUCUGGCAAUUUAGUAGAAUAAGGAACAUAUGAAGAAUUAAUGAAUAAAAAAGAAUAUUUCUAUAGAUUAAGUACAUGCUGA